CGCGGUUUGCUGCCUGAAACAUCAGUUUGCCACCGGUCAAUGAGGCAGCCAUCGAUGUCUGUCUCGCCCUCACAUUCACCUGCCUGCUAAGUGAGAUGGUCUUUAUAAGUACUCUUCACCCAACACGCCUUGACUCAUACCAUCGUCGAAUAGAUGCAAAAGUGAAAAGCCGCCCACAUACAUCCACCGCUGGAUAAAGUAGUCAAUCGGCAUUAUAACCUAGCCUGGCCCAACUCCUCCACCACCAUGCCAUCCUCCAGUAACCACAACACCUACCUUGAGCGCCAGAUUCUCGACCUCUUCCGCGCAACCUACCUCAAGAUCCUCAUUCUUCCUCGCGGCGAAAGCGCACGUCAACAGAUAGUAAUCUGGUUCGCCGAACUCCUCGACGUCGAGCGCACCGAACUCGCCCAAGUACUGAUACCAACACGAACGCCAGCCUUCCCUACGCCCGUGACCUACGAGGAGCGAAAAUUUUGGUUCGACUUCAGGAUCCAAGCAUGCCGGUUGAGCGAGAAGCAGAUGCUGCUAGGUGCUGCCGAGAGUUUGGCCGAUGUCGGCGCUGCCUUGAUUGCUGUGGGCAGGGCGAGCGAGGCUGGGAAGUGGUGUGAGGCCGCCGCGGGGUUCGAGGAGGCUGGGUGGAAGGCUGAAGCUGAGGCCAGAGAGACGAAGUGGGACUGUGAGGAGAUCAGGUGAACGACAAGACAUCGCCUGUGAAGCGGUUUACAGUUGAUUAGGCUGCAGCAGGGGGCGAUGGAAGCCUGUCGUGCUUCCGCAGGGUUUGCCGCGAUCUAAGCCGCGAUCUAAGGAAAGGCAGCAGCGCAGUAUGCGCGGUCAGAGUGCCAAGCUAUCAGGCACGUACUUUGACGAAAGCAAGUCACGAGCCUGGUAAGUGAAAGGAGACAGAGGGUUGAAGUCUGGGAGGAAGAGCUUCGCCAGUCGGUACAGUGAUUGGGUACUUACCAAAUGCGCGAAGCAAACCAAGCGCUCGCGCAAAUGCAGUCCCUUCACAUUACAUCCCGCCACCGGGUUCCUCUCCUAUCCCCACUCCAUACAUUUGGUAUGAAUGGAAUUAUGUGCGGCACCUCUGACGCCGCCUACACAACCGUAAGCAAUGCAUAGCCAGCUCUUAAUGGUGCCGAAUAAGGCAUUCCUUCUCC